CAUAUCAUAUGCUAAUGCUAUGAUGGGAAACAAACACGAAAUGAUGGGUAGUUGGCGGUGGUGGUGCACAUUAAUAUUAUUCAAUCUUCUAAUAAUCACACCGGAAGUAGUUAAGCCGGUGGUGGCCGUGGCGGGUGUUCCACUUAACACAAAUUCACGGUGGAUCGUGAACCAGGAUGGGCUGAGGGUGAAGCUGGCGUGUGUAAAUUGGGUGUCUCAUCUGGAUGCGGUGGUGGCGGAGGGGCUGAGCAAGCAGCCCGUGGAUGUAAUUUCAAAGGGAAUAAAGUCCAUGGGCUUUAACUGUGUCAGGCUCACUUGGCCCAUUCUCCUCGUCACCAAUGACUCUCUUUCUUCUCUCACUGUUAGGCAAUCCUUUCAGAAUCUUGGCCUCCUUGAUUCUGUUGCUGGUGUCCAAGCCAACAACCCCUCCAUCAUUGAUCUCACCCUCAUCCAAGCUUUCCAGGCAGUGGUGAAGAGUCUUGGGGACAAUGAUGUGAUGGCAAUUUUGGACAACCACAUAACCCAGCCAGGGUGGUGCUGCAGCAAUUCGGAUGGCAAUGGGUUCUUUGGUGACCAAUUUUUCGACCCGGACCAGUGGAUCUUGGGCCUAACCAAAAUGGCCACUCUUUUCAAUGGAGUGCCUAAUGUGGUGGGCAUGAGCUUGAGGAAUGAGCUCCGAGGCCCAAAACAAAAUGUCAAUGAUUGGUACAGGUACAUGGUGAAAGGAGCAGAAGCGGUUCAUGCAGCAAACCCAGAUGUUCUUGUCAUUCUAUCUGGUCUAAACUUUGACAAGGACUUGUCGUUCAUUAAGAAUAGACCAGUGAAUCUCACAUUCAAGGGGAAACUAGUAUAUGAGGCACAUUGGUAUGGCUUCACUGAUGGUCAAGCUUGGGUAUCAGGGAACCCAAACCAAGUGUGUGGUCAAGUGGCUGGGAACAUGAAGAGAACCUCUGGCUUCUUGGUGGACCAAGGUUGGCCAUUGUUUGUGAGUGAGUUUGGUGUGGACUUGAGAGGUUCAAACGUGAACGACAACCGCUACCUUAACUGUUUCAUGGCGGUGGCGGCCGAGCUUGACUUGGAUUGGGCCUUGUGGACACUGGUUGGUAGUUACUACUUCAGACAAGGGGUCAGAGGAAUGGAAGAGUUCUAUGGGGUUCUUAGAUGGGAUUGGACACAAGUUAGAAAUACCAGUUUCUUGAACAGGAUCAAUGGCCUCCAACUUCCAUUUCGAGGGCCAGGUAUAACAAAAGGCAAUCCAUACAAAUUGAUAUUCCAUCCUUUAACAGGUCUCUGUGUCACAAGAAAGUCAUUGCUAGAGCCACUAACAUUAGGUCCUUGCUCUUUUUCUGAUGGUUGGAAUUACACACCCCAGAAGACCCUAUCAAUAAAGGGAACCUACUUUUGCAUACAAGCAGAGAAUGAAGGGAUGCCUGCAAAACUUAGCAUAAUAUGCUCGGGUCCUAACAAUAAAUGGGAAAUGAUCUCAGAUUCAAAAUUGCACCUUUCAUCUAAAGUCAACAAUGGUUCUAGUGUUUGUCUAGAUGUUGAUGAAAACAACAACAUUGUGACCAACUCUUGUAAAUGCUUGAGCAGAGAUGUAAAGUGUGACCCAGGAAGCCAAUGGUUCAAACUCAUUGACAGUGGAAGAAGGUCAAUGUCCACAACUUCAGCAUUGUCCAUGCUGAAUUUACCAGACCUGUUAUGGAAACCUUUGAGCUCAUCAUAAGUUGUUAUUAAUCGCACUGCUAAAAAUUUCUUUGACCAUGUUAAUACUCAUUGAAUGUAUCCCCUAACAAUGUUUUAAUAGUACAAAUUAAAGUGAUGUAGUAAAUAUGUUCAUGAGGUGAUAUUGGAUUUAAUA